AAUGUCUCAGUGGACUUGCCGUAGCUGUAGCAUAUCCGCGGCAGAUUCUGUUGGUUCUGUUUGCGUUUUGGCUGCUUUGACAAAUGGUUCAAAUAGUCAUUCGAGGAAGUGUGGAUGGCAGCAGUCCUCCCGAAUGGCUGCUGAUCGAGCUGCAAGGAGAGAUGGUGUCCAGACAGAACUCUGGCCUGGCGGGAAGUGUGAUGGGAGACCUGCUUUAUACCAAAGAGGGGGUGCCAGUGUUAAUCGUAGGACAUCACAUAUUGUAUGGGAAGCAGGUCAAACUGGAGAAACCCUUUGCUGUCCUCACGAAGCAUUCCGCCCAAUCACAGGACACUGUGGAUAGCACUGACAACCAUGAUGCCUCCCAUGUUGCCUCCACCUCCUACUCUGUGUCUGCACUCAUCAAGAGAAAGAUUAUUUUCAAGACACGGCCCAAACCCAUCAUCACUAAUGUACCCAAGAAAGUAUAAAUGGUUAAUGGAUAAAAGGCUAUGCAGGAUGUAAACAAACUCAUAUAAUUUGUUUAUGGUUUACUAUGUAGGAGACUGUUUGUGUACAAUACUUAAUUGUAAUUGUUUAUAUUAACGUAUAAGAGAAAAAAAUAAAAGUGCAAUUAUAUUUUUCUUC